UUUUAGAAGCAUGAGCUCAUCUAGUAGAACUCUCCACCCGGGAAGCUAUGCGUUCCAGGAGGAGACUCGGCGUGAUCUCGAAAGGCUGGCGCAACUUAACCAGAGCACUUCCAGGAAAAGCCGUGACCGAUACAGAAGAUCUCCGAAUAGGAACUCGAACCGCCACCAUCCUUACCAUCCCAGUUCUCAGCCUGCUUUUGCUCCGUUCAGAAGCUCCCAGUCUUAUCGCCCGAGAGAAAACGAACCUGAGGAAGAAGCCGGUGGCCAGUCAUCCUCAAGCUCAGCAUACGAAGCCCCAGAAAUGGAGAGACAGGCGACGUCACCGGAACUGGAUUACGCACAAUAUCAAAACAGAAGCCAUGAUGAUGAAGUGAUGAUUCUAGAGAAUGAGCCAAAAGAGCAAUACCCGAUGCCCACGGAGACGGUGGAGCCAGUUACUAAUGAAACUGAGCCAGAAGUUGCAAACUCCACUUUUGAGCAACAAAAGAGAGAGCUCACUCGUGAGCUGGAAGACUUGGAACUAGCGAAACUCAGAGCCCAAAUCCACCACGAGAAAGCUCUUAUGGAGAUUGAGGAAGAGGAAAGAAAGACAAAGCUUGAGUUGAAGAAAAAGUCGCUGGAAUUUGUGCAGAAAGAGUUGCAGCUGAAAGUGGAAGCUUCUGCACUGAAAGAUUCAGAGAUCAAGCUGGCAAGGAUGGAGGCUCAGAAGAUGGCUCGACGAUAUGAGGACGCGUACAUUGAAGACGAAGAAAUAACUCUGAAUCCACAAUCAACUCCGGAACCUCUUGAAAAAAAGUCCAUCUCGACUAGUCGCCAGCGAAACCAGAUUGCUAUCAAACGCGAGCCGGUAGAGACGUCAGCAAGGGAAUUGAGACCACGGAAUACUCUCGGAAAAUGGCAGGGAAGAAAUUCAAAGAUGGAGUAAGGAAUUGGCUUCUUCAUGGCUCCUAAUCUUCUUUUUGGUUUUAUUAUAUUCUUGUUUUGUAAAAAUGCAUUUUCCCUCCUUUUUCUCAAUUUACCACCAUGACCAAAAAUCCCAUUGAAAAUCCCAUUUCAUUAAUCAGUAUUCACUUUUUUUCCCCACACUUCUCUCAUUCUAUUCAAGUAAGUAUUUUCUCACAUGCAAAUUUCAAUGUCUGAAUUUUUAUUCAAUUCUUGUUUUUUUCUGUUCUAUGAUAUAAACAUUGGUGAAUUAAUUAUGCGGAUUUU